UCGUUUACAACAGUGAGCGCAAACUAGAUUAAAGUGAUUAUUACGUUUUGAAUAGGUAUAUUUUUCUCAUAAAAACACAUUGAUUCGCUACAGGAGGCCUUUGUUCACCACCACCCCACCCCACCCCCCAGGGCCAUGUGAGACACUUUUUUUAAUGGAUGGGCGCUUUUAAUUAAACUUCUUUUGGACUUUUGAACUGAAACACCCGAUGAGUGACAUUAAACAGCUUGAAAGAUUAAGUAACUCCAACUGGAUUCAUCUGAAAGAAAAAAGUCAUAUACACCUAGGAUGCCUUUGGGGUGAGUAAAACACAGCCUAAUUUUUAUUUUUGGGUGAACUAACCCUUUAAGAAGUUUCAGUCAUACAGCCAACUUCUGAGUCAUACUAUUCUCCUCUGGGUUUGUUUAGAAAAUCAUUCAAUAUACAGCAGCAGAACUGACUGUGAAUAUGUAUAUUUCUACCUUAGCCAUUGCCUAGAAAUUCCAUAGCAGUCAUCCAAACCACUUUUACAACCACCCAGCUGCUACAACUAAAACUUAACUAAGGCCCUGUUUACACCUGCUUUUAAAAUGCAUUUUUGUCAAUCUGAUCUCAAGUCCAAUCAAGGAUUUGAAGCCAACAUUCAAGCUUUUUCUUGACACAUUCUCGUUUUCUGGAUUAUUCGUUUGCAUUGUUUAAACCCACAAUCUUUCAGUUGCCAGCUUAGGUCAUUAACCUGUAUUAUCCUCCUAGUUUCAGGGCUGGGGUCGUGUUAUCAGUCAUGACAGUGAAGAGCGUGAAAACCAGUCCUCCUAAAAAUAAACGUGGCACACAUGUAUUCACAACACCACAAACAAAAGCGCAUGAGUGAUGUGUCAUGGGACGCUUGUGUCCACUCCAUCUCUCAGUGCCUGUCGACAGCUGCCACUUUCAUACUCCAGAUUCCACUAAAGGUGGAUGUCCUUCUACCAUCCCCUCUUUAUGUACGCAAAAGCCAAACCAGGUUUGCCAUGUAGUCCGUUGCCGAACCAUAAAAACCCUUUUCAAUUCAUUAUGCGGUCAUGCGUUUAUCGAUCUGAGGCUUUUAGACCAAAAGUUGCCCUCUGAACCUGCCUCAAACCCGAUAUGGAGAUAAAUGUUCUCAGUGUGGCUCUUCCCCCCUGUUUUUAUGACUUAAAUGCUAUGAUCCAUUUUCACAUUCUUCCCAGCAGUCUCGAGGUGAUAUUCACCUGUAAUUAAUGCCACACUCGACUGAACACUAGGACUCUCAUUUGAAAUUCAGACCUCCGAGCAUUUGUGAAUUAUAGCGGGAGACCAUAAAAUGCUCAAUUAACCAAUUACGUGCAUUUAUAUUUGACCGUAGGACACCCGGAGCCUUUGUUGUCUUUGGGGUGGCCGUGAGAAUCUUAAUCACCUGAAUAUAUGAAUUACAACUUAUGGGAAUUUGUAAAACCUGAAAAAGCAUUCUCUGUGCUAGAUCAGCCAUUCAUUUCGUUUUUCCAAUUCUGGAACAAUGGUGUGGCAAAAGCUGGCAUUCAUGGGAGGCGCUGCACUGAGUUAUUUUGGUUGACCAUUCACAUGUGAGAGGAGAGGCACGGAUCAAUCACUGAAAAUCACACUACACCGUCUCUCUCUGUACCAUUACUCCUCUUUUCAAGCUCCUGGUCUCCUCUUCAAAGAUCACAUAGCGUAUUGCAGCAAUGUCUGAAGGAAAAAGGCCAGAUCCAAGUACUCCGCAACACGCAGACUUCUGCUGAAGAGCAAACUGCUGAAAAAGGCAGAAAGCUUGCUGGUGAAAGAAAAAGAGGAGAAGGAAUUGGAGAGAGAAAACACCCUGAGGGAGAGAGCGCCGCCCCUCAACCUCUCGGGCCUGUCUGUCCAAGAAAUGCAGGAGCUUUGUAGAGAUUUGCACCACAAGAUUGACAUAGUGGAUGAAGCACGAUAUGACCUCAAUAUAAAAGUUGCCAGAAAUGAUGCAGAGAUUCUCUCAUUAACCCAGAAGAUCUAUGAACUGAAAGGAAAAACGAAACGGCCGAACUUGAAAAGGGUGAAGAAGUCGGCAGAUGCCAUGCUGGGAUCGCUCUCAGACACCAGAGUCGACUUCAAAGCCAACCUCAAAACAGUUAAAAAGGAAGAAGAAAAGAAGGAGGAGGUCACCGACUGGAGGAAAAACGUGGAGGCCAUGUCAGGCAUGGAGGGCAGGAAGAAGCUUUUCAAUGCCGGACAGUAGACAGCAGCAAGUCUUUUCAGCUGAAAAGAGGUUGCAAAGGAUAAAGUGUUAUUGUGAUACAAAGCUCAUGUUGUUAGUUUGAAUUUUAAUCACAUUCAACAUUGUAUGGUAAAUUACUCACCGUCAGGCAUCCAAGGUAGAUGAGGAGAAAUGUAGCAUUAUAUCAAUUGCUCACCAAUGGAUCCUCUGCAGUGAAUGGGUGCCGUCAGAAUGAGAGUCCAAACGGCUGAUAAAAACAUCACAAUAAUACACACGUCUCCAGUACAAGUGAUACAAUGCUACAUUUAUCCAAAUCUGUUCUGAUGGAGAAACAAACUCAUCUACAAAUGUUUUGGCACAUUUAAAUUUUUUGGGUGAACUCUUUCUAUAAAUAGCGAUUUGCGGUUCAAAAAUUUGGGGUUGGUACAAUUCUUGAAAUGAAAAAGAAGUCGCUUAUGCUCACUAAGGCUCACUUUAUUUGAUCAAAAAUGCAGUAAAACAGUCAUAUUGCAAAAUAAUACAUUUAAAAUAACCGUUUUAUAUUUGAAUGUAUAUUUUUAAGCUCAUGUUUGAAUUUGAAUCAUCUUGAACAUUAUUUUAUGGAAAAUUAUUAAUUUAAUAGUCAGCCAGCUGUGGCUUGCACGUGAUAUUAAAUUGUGAUUUGCUGCGAUUAAAAUGUGUAAGAGCUGUGCUGUCCAUAGAGAGGGAUUAAAUAAUAGAACAACCUCAUAGUCAUAUCAUAUCAUAUCAAAUAUUUGCUUCGUAGUCAGUCAAGCUACUGAAGAUAUGGAUUAUUUUAUUGCCUGUUUGUGGUUUACAAACAGAAAAUAGUUUAAUUUUUAAUAAAAGCUUGUUGGGUGAAUUAGAAAGUUGGACUCCUUCAUUAAAAGAUCAAAUAUUUGAUUAAAACAUGCUGUAAUGUCAAUGGCACAGGAACUGCGUGUUGAAUACCCAGUUGAAAGCAGUUUUAGGCGUUGACCUACAGAUGGCGCUCUGCAUUUAUACUACAUUGACUGAACUGGCAUUAAAUCAACCACCAGGGGGAAACAAAGUCUGUGUGACUUCUCAGCAGGCCUCAAAUGGAGCCUUGUAUCAGUCACACGAACAGCAUUGUAUAAAAAGAUAUGCAUCAACUGUUCUACUUUUUAUCAGAAAUACAACAUGAAGUGGUGUUUCGAGAAGGAAGUACAGGGAGGUGAAGGGAAGGAAUUUGGGUGGCACUGUAUCCUCUAUUACUAGACAGAUGGCAAACCUGCACAGAUAUAAGAACAUCAGCACGUCCACUUCAACACAGCAAACAGCUUUAGGUCAUAACAGACUCUUUAAAUCAGCAGAGCAAUGUAAAUCUAUGAAUUCAGCUGAACUAGAUCAAUGAAUAGUUAAGUGUGCAUUCAAACUUGGGGAUAAUUAUUAAUUGUAUAUGUUGAUAUGAGUAGUUAACAUGAAGUAUUAGCCUACUAAACAUAAACCUAACUUAUUAAAACAAAUUUCAAGGGGAUCAAAGUUAAUUUAAAACCUUUGUGCAUAAUCUUAAAGCCUGCAGUAUUUUUUUUUUUACUAUUCUAUUAAUGCAGGUUUCUGUUUUUUAUGAUUAGCAGAUUUGUUUUAGAUUGGAUACAGGUGC